AUGAUGCUGUCCCGCCAUGUCGCCUCUUGGAACUACCUGCUGAACUACGCAACAACAUCUACCGUCUGGUUAGUCCUCGUACAAGACACCGACAAAAUCCACGUCACGUCCCACGGCUAUGAUCGCCCAGCGCUUCUGGGAACCUGCAAGCGUAUCCGCUCAGAAGCCUUGAUCAUUUUCUACUGCGAAAACACCUUCUCCAUUCACAUGCCCGACUGCGACUCAGACGCUCUGAUGAAGUGGUGCGAUACGUUACGCGCACUCCAGCUGGACAUGGAAAGUAUGCGCGCGAACCCGGACAUUGGUCAUGGAGAUUUGAUCCGCUGGAAGCACAUCAAGGUCUGGGGCGAGCGUGUCCACGCCCGGGAGGCGCCGUCCUUUAAGGUGACUCCAAGGUGGAUGGCUCAUGGUGGUAGGACACCUGCUGAAGUGGCCAUCGUGGAGGUGCUGUGGACGGCUACUCGCCUGCGUGAGCAGCCGUGGUCCCUGGUGGAGGAGUUGUUGGAUGAGAAGUCUGCUCUGUUGCAGGCGGUCUUGCCGGAGUGGUUCAGGGACUGA